AUGACUUUGAAGCUCGUGUAUCGCAUCCUUCGAAAAUUGUCGGACUGGAUAGUUGAUGGAUUCUACUCUGAAGUAUAUGUCGAAGGCGCAGAGAACGUAUCCAAGGACGGACCACUCAUCAUUGCCGCGACGCAUCACAACGAAAUCAUCGAUGUUGCUGCCCUCGCUGUAACGAUACCCUACCGACGACACGUCUGUUUUUGGGCGAAAUCCACGAUUUUUUCCAACCCCGUCUUUGGAUCUAUCCUCGCCUCGUCAGGCGCGAUACCAGUUACUCGGAACCCGAACCGUGACGACGGGUCCUCCAAGGCUGUGUUAUUCCAGUCAACCACCGCAGCGAUAGCGAAGGGUGAGGUGGUUGGUGUGUUUUCGGAAGGAGCGAGUUAUACGGAACCUACGAUUGUGCAGAUCAUGAGUGGUACAGCAUGGGCAGCGGUGGAAUAUACGAGGUGGUGCAGAGAACACGCAAAGGAUAGGCCCGACCUGGUCAUUGUCCCCGUCGGGCUGGUGUACACGGAGAAGGCGACAUUCAAAAGUAGGAUGCGAGUUCAUUAUGGCUCUCCCAUCUCUAUGGCAGAUUACUCUCACGAACUGUUCGAUAUACCGCCUGGUGCGGACCCUAAGGACGUCGGCUAUGCAGUCGUACACAAGAUAUCCAGUCGAAUAGAGAAAGAGCUUUUUGAUAUAACUAUUAAUGCUAGUGAUUGGGAGACAUUGUUCGCAGCGCAGACGGCUCGUGCGAUUCUUUGGGGAGACGAUGAAAAUGUCGAUCUAAAGAAUUGGACAGUAGUUUCACAGAUGCUCGUAGACUUUCUGUCUUGUCAUCCUACCGCAGAACCACCCCCAGAACCCAUACGACUUGCCAAGGUCUCUCUCGUCCAGUAUUUCUCACUCUUGCAUUACACUGGUCUCACCCAUGCUACCCUCGAAAAUGUCAUUUCUUCUACCUCGUAUAUACCGUCGCUUCUCCCAUCUCUGAAAACUGUACUCCUCUUUCCGAUAGCAAUACCAGCCAUACUACUUCAUGUCCCAGCAUGCAUUAUGGCCGAGCUUUCCCUCAAACUGUUCGCCAAUGUAGAUGAAUGUGAAGGGUUCGCCCAGUAUCGUUCCGUAGGCGGUGGUAUUGGUGUGGGUAUUGGUGUCACUGCGGUGUAUCGAUGGGCGAGUCACUUUCUGAGGGAUAGAGAUUUUGGGGUGCCUGCUUUUGAAUGGACGAAGCACGUUGUCACGCGUAGAGCAAAGGUCGGGAAAGUUCUAUCUUUCCUUGCGUUUAGUUGGGUGAUGAUUAAGUGGUAUGGGCUAUUUUCCGGAGGUGUCCAUCGAAGAGUAAAGACCCUCCUGGCGACGGUGCGGGUUGUCCUAGGCAUUCUUCUCCCUCCCUUCUCGUCUCUGAAGACCGAUAUGUACAAGAAGCUCCCACCGCCUCCGCCAUCCAAUGCAUUCAUCCGCAAGAGGAAAGAUGCGGGUGGCAUAUCUGCUCAGUUUUGGGACAAAAAGGAGAAAGAGGCUGAUCAAAGUCAACUUCCUCCCGUUGCUCCCAGGAAGUUGAUCAGAAUAUUGUUGGAGCAGAGGAAGGAGACGAUGGGACAAUUAAGGAGGGCAUUCACCGAGUCGGAAAGUAUUGCGGGCUAUGGUGAAAAGGUUGCCCGACUAAGAGAGAUGGGCGCAAAGAUUAAUUAA